CCUGCCCCCGUCGGGGCCGGCCCGUUCUCGGGUAUUUAGAGGAGCGUUGCGCCUGCCGUCGCUUGCAGCUGGUGCUGGGCAGCGGCUUCGUAGCGCUAUGAAGGGUGACGGUAUCGAGAACCCGGUGUUUGAGCCACCCAGCCCCGACCUCCGCCGCCAGCGCCAGGCGAGCCCCGCCGGGGCAGAUGCCGGUGUCGCUGAGGCUGAAGAGGGGCCCUGCGGCUGGGGCUGCUGCGCACCUAAGGCUCUGCAGGUCUGCAACAAUCCUGAGGGCUACCUGGCUGCCUACAGCCUCCUGGCUAUCUUCCAAGGUAUUGUGGUAAAUGGCCUGAUUAACAUUAGUAUUUCGACAAUUGAGAAGCGUUACGAAUUGAACAGUUCCCUCACUGGCUUAAUCUCUGCAAGCUAUGACAUUGCUUUUUGUGUAUUGUCACUGUUUGUAUCUUUCUUCGGAGAAAGAGGGCACAAACCACAAUGGCUUGCUUUCUCAGCAUUUAUGCUAGGAUUGGGCUCACUUAUAUUUUCCUUACCACACUUCAGUAGUGGAAAAUACCACUAUGGAGCUAAACUUGAAGACACAUGUCAAAUUCCAGGAACAAGCUCUGCUAACUUCACUUGCAGUGCCAGCACAAAGUCUUCACUUCCCAACUAUCUGUAUGUCUUUAUCCUGGGGCAGCUGCUGCUGGGAGUUGGAGGAACUCCACUAUAUACUUUGGGGACAGCUUUUAUUGAUGACAGUGUCCCAAAACACAAGUCUUCCCUUUAUAUAGGAAUUGGCUAUGCCAUGUCACUGCUGGGUCCUGCUAUUGGCUAUGUCUUAGGAGGCCAGCUACUUAAUGUUUAUAUUGAUAUCCAGAUCCCAGAAAGUACCAAGAUAGAUCAAGAUGACCCACGUUGGCUUGGAGCAUGGUGGAUAGCAUUUCUUGCAUGCUUUUUUGCAAUUUGGCUCCUUAUAAUACCAUUUACAUGCUUUCCGAAACAACUACCAGGAACAGCAAAAAUACAGGCUGAAAAAAUCUCUGAAACUCAUAAUGAUGGAAGUGAGGUGCUUGUUGAGACCAAGAAUAUUGGAAAAAGUUUUAAAGACUUUCCCAUGGCUCUUCUGAUACUGUUGAAGAAUCCAGUGCUUAUGAGUCUAGUAAUAGCCAGUUCUUCAGAAGCUUUAGUUGCCACUGGCUUUGCCACAUUUCUACCAAAGUUUAUAGAAAAUCAGUUUGGAAAGACAUCAAGUUUUUCAGCAACUCUUGGAGGGCUUGUAUUAAUUCCAGCAGCAGCACUAGGCCAAAUCAUAAGUGGCAUCUUGGUUUCCAAGUGCAAAAUGGAUUGCAAAAGCAUAAUCAAGUUCAUGAUAGGCACUUGUUCAGUGGCCCUAAUAUUAAACACAGUGUUUUUAUUUGCUAAAUGUGGGAACGAACCUUUCGCAGGUGUCUCUGAAACAUAUAAUGGAACAGGCACGCUAUAUAACUUAACAGCACCAUGCAAUGCUAACUGCAGAUGUUUGCGCUCUAUAUACUACCCAGUUUGUGGCAGAGAUGAAGUCCAGUACUUUUCGCCCUGUUUCGCAGGAUGUGCAUCACAUCUUUUUAACAACAUGAAAAAGACAUACCACAACUGUUCCUGUAUUGGGAAACCAGAAAGAGAAAAUGGUUCAGAAGACUUUCUCUAUGAAGCCGUCCCUGGGAAAUGUCCAACACAAUGCAAAUUUUUACCUUUAUUCCUGACCUUCUUCUUUUUUGCUGUUGUUUUUACGUUUAUGGCUGUUACUCCAACAACUGUGGCCAUUCUCAGGUGUGUCCCAGAUAAACAGCGCUCAUUUGCUCUUGGAGUACAGUCAGUGUUUCUACGACUACUGGGUACUAUUCCUGGACCAAUUUUGUUUGGUGUUGCUAUAGACAACAGUUGUACUCUGUGGGAUAUUAAUGAAUGUAAAACUAAAGGAGCCUGUUGGGUUUAUGACAAUGAAAGAAUGGCUUAUCUGCUGAUGGGCAUAAGUGCUGCUUGCAAAAUCAUCACAAUCAUCUUUGUGGUCAUAGCAGUAUGGUUGUAUAAGCCUCCACCAGCAAGUGCAGCCCUGUCACAAAAGGAUUCAGAAACGGUGUCUGCUAUACACACAUAAAUCAUGUGCAAAUCAGGGGCUUUUCAAAGAAGCCAAUAAGAAUAAGCACUGUUACAACACUUGUACCAAAGUUCUUGUACACCAUUACCUAAUAUAAAAGAUCAUAUUCAGUUCUUGAACAAAUUAAAAUAUUUGUGAAUGUGUGUAGUGUUCUCUAACUUACUAAACAUACUUUUUAGUAUUUUAUUGUGUAAAUCUAAAAAAGUGACUCUUAAAUUUGCAGUCUAAGUUUAAAUGUCGAAUUUAUAGCUUAAGUGAAACAAGGUGGAAUACUCGAUCAAAAAAAACCAAACCAAAAAACCCAGGGAAAAUGAGCUGAACUGGGCUGACUGUGAGCCCCAUUUCCCCCUGCUUAUAAAGUAAUACCUAAGUGAGACUGUAGUGGGAGAAAAGAAGUAUCUUGGUAUUUUAAAGGGAACUGUGGAUGUUUAAAAUGGAAUUGUUUUAAUGUGCACAUAAUCUGGGCUAGUGCCUUUGUUGGGGAUUUCGACUGUAGAUAGACUUGGGAAAUGUGCAAGUAUGGACAUGUUUUAAAUGCAAACAUGCAUUUAAAUAUUUGUUAAUAUAAGUCCCUUAGUUUCUAUCUGGAAUAUAUACAGAAAGUUGCUAUCCAGCUGCUUUCUUGUUAACAUUUUUCUAUAAAAUUUGAAAAUAAACCCUAUUUUCUUACUA